GCAACUUCAACUACAUCCUCAGCCAAAAACUUUUCAGACUAUUUGGCCACAAAUAAUAUCACUAUUCACGCGCCACACGGCUCCGUCACGCCGAUUUUAAAUUUUGAAGAAUUACCCAUUUCUCCGCAGUUGAAGGCUGCUCUUUCGGAAUACAAAGAACCUACACCAAUACAAGCAUGUUCAUGGCCAGCUGCACUCGCUGGGAUGGAUAUUAUCGGAAUUGCCGAAACCGGCAGCGGGAAGACUCUUGCAUUUGGGUUGCCAGCUGUGGCACAUAUUGUCUCACAACACCCGAAGUCAAAGAAGCAUGACAAGAAAGCUCGGGGCAGUCAAAUUACGGUUCUGGUAAUUUCACCUACUCGAGAACUGGCUCUUCAAACCCAUGAGACGUUGACCCAAAUCGGCGCUCUCGUUGGCAUUCAGAGUGUAUGUGUGUUCGGUGGGGUCGGAAAGGAUGAGCAGAGGCGUGUACUAGCACAGCCUUCAACGAAGGUUCUUGUCGGUACUCCUGGUCGGCUUCUUGAUUUGGCCAGCGAAGGCGCCUGCGACCUUGGUUGCGUAACUUAUUUAGUUUUGGACGAGGCCGACAGGAUGUUAGACAAGGGUUUUGAAAACGAUAUACGUCGUAUUAUUGAACAGACUGCGGACAUGUCUCAGCGUCAGACUCUUAUGUUUAGUGCAACGUGGCCUAAAUCUGUCCAAAAUCUGGCUGCUACGUUCCUCAAAAGCCCUGUGCGAAUAACUAUCGGCAGCGAGGAGUUGGCAGCUAAUUCGAGGGUGAAGCAGGCCGUUGAAGUGCUUGAUGAUCCAAAGCUGAAGAGCCAACGACUGCGGAAGUUGCUGAAAGAUUUGAAUCAUCCGUUGCAGUCCACUUCUGAGAAGGAAUCUCGCAUUCUCGUAUUUGUAUUGUAUAAGAAAGAGGCUGACCGUGUGCUGGAAACGGUUCAACAUUGGGGCUAUUCCGCUGGUGGGAUACAUGGCGACAUAAAUCAGAACCAACGUAUGAAGGCGCUGGAGGAUUUCAAAACAGGGAGAACAGGGCUUCUUGUGGCUACGGAUGUUGCUGCGAGGGGUUUGGACAUUCCGAACGUUAGCUCAGUGAUCAAUUAUAGUUUCCCCCUGACUGUGGAAGAUUACGUUCACCGUAUUGGCCGAACUGGGAGGGGUGGCAAGCAUGGGGAAAGUUACACAUUCUUCACAGGCGAUAACCAUGAGCGAGCUUUAGCGGGGGAAUUUGCCGCAGUCUUGCGCAAUGCUGGGGCAGAUCCCAGUGAACUACAGGCCAGAUUCCCGAUGGCGAUCAAAAAAAGGGAACACUCUGCCUAUGGAGCCUUUUAUAGGGAUGAUAUAAAGAUGCCAAACAAACCGACCAAAUUGAAGUUUUAGAUAUAUGUCUUUCGCUAUCUUUCUCGUUAUAAUGCGACUAGUAUGCAGGCGGUAGUUGACAUGCGCAGGACAAGGCGUGGGACCCGACUUAUGUAUACUAAUAGAUACGAGAUCGAAGAAACUGUGAUCAAGGGGGAUUGGCGUGGCGUACGACCAGUAGAUAGUAAAUAUAUAAGAGC